GGCGAUAUAUUAUCAUUUGAGUUAAUAAAUCUUAGCUGUAUAUAAGAAUCCUCAAGCUAAAUAAGCAAACGAUACAACAAAGCAAGUUCGUACUUUUUGUUCGAAACAAGCAUUGAGCUUCACUUUUAGGUCAUUUGACCUGUGACCUCACGACGAUAAGAAGAGGGACGAUGGAAAGCGAUGGAUCAAGCGAAGGAUAUUUGACACGCCUCCUUCAUUCCCCCUUUUAGACCCUCGCACACCAAUUUGUCGACAACAUUCAUCAUAAAACAGAUGAUUCAGGAUGGUGUUGGUCGUCAUUGCAAGCGUAGCCCUUCUCCUAUGUAUGGUGGUAAUCGUUCUAGGCUGCCUGAACUGUCUCCAGCGAAAGAAACCUGGUUUUUCAAACUUUAAUAAUGCCAGUCCAAGCAGAGAUAACCAAUUGGCACAGCACAAUGCAGCUUUCACUGUGGACAUGUCUGAUGUGGAGGCAUCCCGUGAGGCAGUUGUCAUCGAACCCCUCCCAGAUAUCAUCACCAAAGCCACUGACAUGCCAUCUCUUCGACCCAGAAUGAUGUGCUUGGAAAGGGGCAAACAGGAGGCAACCCUCUCCCUUAUCAGUAUCCAAAGAUCAUUUCCUCGAGAAGACCUUUUAUUUCUAGAUGAAAUUGGGUCAGGAUGGUUUGGAAAGGCAAUUGAGUCAGAAGCCCUGAGAAUAUCAGGUGGAACCCUUAAAAGUCGAGUAGUUGUGAAGAUGCUAAAGGAUGAUGCUACCAAAGUUGAACAGAAGCAGUUUCUUGAUGAAGUGAAUGCCUUCAGAUGCCUGGAACAUGCAAAUCUUUUGAGCUUAUUGGGCCAGUGUACUGAAGCAGCUCCUUACUUAGUUAUAUUGGAAUCUGCCCCGCAUGGAAAUUUAAAGACAUUUCUGAUGGAAAAUCGGCCUGAAGCUGAUUCUCUGAUAAAGAAAAAUCAGCUGAUCAGCUUUGCUCUUGAUAUAGGUUCCGGGCUUGCCUGUCUCCAUCGUCAUGAUUAUCUACACAAUGACCUUGCUGUGCGGAAUUGUGUUGUUAUGGGAGAUCACAAUGUCAAAAUUGGGGACUACGGAAUUUCUGAUGUUCUGUUCAAGGAGGACUAUUUUGAUACAGGGAAGGAGCUGUUGCCGAUACGUUGGAUGGCCCCUGAGAGUCUAAUUCAAACAGAAGGAGUUUGGACAGCCCAGGUUUCAGAUAAAACUUCAGAUGUUUGGUCGUUUGGAAUUGUGAUGUGGGAGAUUUUGUCCUUGGGCGAGCAGCCAUAUUCUAUGCUUAGUGAUGAGGCUGUUCUUCAGGGAGUCGUGAUAGACAGGCUUUUGCUUCCUCAAGAAGUGGAUACAAGAAUUCCUUUCAAAGAAGACCUGAGUACUAUCAUGACACAGUGCUGGAAGAAUCCUGGUGAACGACCAGAUAUUGAGCAAAUCUGUCACUCUCUCAAUCAACUUCUGCGUCAGAGAGUGGACACAAUGGACACUAUGAACGACUUUGACCAGAAGUGGAACUUUUUGGUGCCCAGUCGCGGAGCCAGCAGCUCCGGCGCAGACAGCCUGGCUGGGAGUAGGACAGCCUUAGCUGGCAGUUUUGCCACAGUCAACUCUUCUUCUCCUGAGGAGGCGUCAGUCAUGUCAGAUGGUGCUGCAGUGAACACUACUCAGGAAGCAGCAGCUUUUGUCGGAGCGGGCUUUGAAAGCCAGGGUAUCAGUACAUCAACACCAGUAUCUUCAAAAGGAAAAGUUCAAGAAAUGCCCCAAGCUGUAGCUGCCAUUGCUAAUGACAUUGGAGACAGUCGUGCUGGAAAGAUUGCCUCAGCUGCUGAGAAUACCAGCAAAAGUUCACCACAAGAUGACAGCAUCAUCAUUGAGAAUGAAGUCUCACGAAUUGAGGAGACGCGUGAUACAUUUGAAGCCACAGUGAGCUCGCCAAGCGACCUGCUCAUGGUGACAACAAGUACUCCCAAAAACCAGCAGAGUCAAAACUCAACGGCUCAAUUUUACUCAGCAGAAUCAUCCAGAAACAGCGCCUAUAUGUCUGCCAUGGAAAAGAUCAGUAGCCCUGAACCAUCAGAUAAUGCCCCUGAACUGUUACAGGGUAUUGGACAGGAUUUUAGUCUGGAUUCUAACGGAUUGUCUCUUAGCGAAUUCGCAGAUAAUACACUGCAGGACCCUACUCCUGAAGUUAGCAAAAAUUAUUCCAAUAUCACAGAUUUAGAUGAUCUUGUCAUGAGUAAAGUGGAAGCGAAAGAAACAGCAGAUGAAGAAACUGGGGAUCAGUUUGGUGAUUUUGUUCAAACGUCCCCAACAGCGCCGAGAGCUGAUUUUACCGACUUUGAGAAGGCUUCCAUUGGGGCAUCAAGUGCUGGAGGAGUCAGUGAGGAAUUUGAAGUUAUUGAAAAAACUGAGGCCGCUGAGAUGGAGACUGCUUCCAUGAAUGAUUUCUCUGACUUUGUGGUAUCUGCCAAUGAAGAGAAAGCAGAACAGAAUCAAAGUAGUAUCUCUGUCAACAACACUGCCAAGGACGAGUUAGCAGACUUGUCUUUCUCAAGCACAACUGGAGACAAGUCUGCCGAUACUGUUUUGCCUGCAUCCUCAUUGUCUUCUACCUCACACGAUGCCUUAUUUAUUACCUCUGCAGAGGUUGACCCAUCCUCCAGCUUAGACAGUGGACUUCUUACUUCUGAUUUGUCUGCCCAGGAGCAAGAUGCAGUGAAGAUAGAGGUUUCAAGUACAGAUCCAGGUUCCAAAGAAGAAACAGAACAAAACAUAUUUUCAGAAAAUGUAUCGCAGGGUCUAGAAGAGAAGGAGGUAUUUGGCUUUGCUAGUGGCGAGCCUGAGAUUCCACCACAAAGCAGCAACAAUAAUUCUCUCCUGAUAGGCUUUGGUGAAGAUGAUUUACUAUCAACACCGGACCCCAGCCUCAAGAGCGAUCUGUCUCUCAUCCCUGACCCUGAAGGUUUUCUCCAGUUCCAGGCAUCUCCGAGUAAACCAGAAGAAUCUGCUUUCCCCGAUUUAAUUGUUCCCAUCAGUGAGAACACCCAGAAUUUUGCGCCAUUGGAGGCAGAAGUGCCGACAGUUAAAGAGGCCCUUGGGGAAGCACAACGAGACCUUCUGCCAGCUUUAAAUGAAAGCAAUGACUUCAGCUUUAUUGAAGUUGGUGAUCAACCUCCAGCAGCUGCAACGUCCUUGACGGAUCAACAACAGGACCUGCUGCUUAUCGGCGACACUGGCUCAGAAAAGGUAGGUACUGAUAGCAAAUUUGAAUCCGCCUCCUCACACAGCCCUGAGUCAGAGUCUGGAAUCAACAGCCGCAGUGUCACGGAGAGUCUGAGUAAUGUUGCCCCCACGCAGGACGGCCUGGAUUCUAGUGAUAGUCUAGGGUUUGUGGACACUAGUGAUCCUACAGGGGAUAGUGUAAUCUCUGAGGGACAUUCUGCAGAUCAAGCUUUCCCUGAGUCUGCAGAUUUCAGAUUAAGUCCACCAUCUUCAUUCAGUGGAUCUAACCUGUACAGGUCCAGUCAUAUCCUACUGGCGAAAAGCAAUGAAAAUUUGCUGAUUGACAGCCAGAACCAGGAAAGUGAGCCUGUUGUGAGGGAGAAGUCCCCUGACCCAGUGGAGAGCCCAGAAGAUUCGGACAGUGAAGUGUGUAGUGACUCUAGUGAAACCAGCAGCACUUCUGGGAGUGGCAAAGAGUACAACUGUCAGGAGGAUGUCUUCUCGGACACUGGUCAGCCCCCGCCUUCCCCACACCCCCAGGCUUCUUCCCAAUUAAAUUCGGUGUCCAGUAACUGUUUUGACUCUGAGGAGGCACCUGAGUCGUCUUCCUAUGGUGACUUUGAUGAGCAAGCUCUUAGAAUUGCCAGUGAGAUAUACUUAUCGAAAGGGGUGAAGUCAUCUCGGGUAUAUGAGAUACCGCCUCUAGAGACAAUACCAGAACACCAGCCAAUGCCAGCAAUCUCGGAAGAUCCAGUCCCUACCCCAUCAUCGGACACGAGCUCGGUGGAGGUGAAGUAUGACGACCUCUUUAGCAGCGACGGUUACGAGUGGGACGACUUUUUCGACGAUCCUCUCAUGGGUAAGGAAAUGGAGGGCAAUCACUCAUUUCAGGAGCAGCAGCCACUGUUUCGCGACUCCGAUGUCUCAGACUGGUCAUUAGACAUUGAUUCUGAGAGCAUACACAGCAGCAGCAGUCUCCAGUCCAGAAUCUCGGAAGACCUACCAGUCAAUAAGUCCACCAUGUCUGAUGUAGCAUUGGACAAUUCACUAGACUCCGACAAAAGCGUGCGGUGCAAAUCAGACUCAGAAUUACUAGUCUCAUCCUCAGCUUCUCAUUCCAGGGGCCGUACAAUCUCAGGAAAAUCUCUAGUCUCCAGUAUUUUAGCCCAGCGCAGUAUUAACCCGCUGACUGGCUCCUCUCAACGACGGCCAAACACGGAAACGGGCAACACCAGCUUUUAUUCUUUCACAGAGGACUUUGACACAGACACAGACACCUCCUCUGAGGGUCCCCUGAGCCCUACUGGGGCUUCUCAGAACACCAAACCCCAAGAGCCAGUCUCCUCCAAUUCCUCCUCAAUAUCUUUACCAUCCUUACCGUCCAUACCUUCCUCAUCGUCCCCUGUACUGCUUGAUUCUUCCUUCCUCUCUUCUCCUCACAUUGGUCCUCCUACUCCUGCUCAAUUUUCCUUCCCCUCCCCUUCCUCCUCCCACUCCUCAUUCAUAAGUGAGAUCUCAGAAGUGCAUCGUGGCUCACCUCCUGAUGUCCUCCCUGGCCCAAGCAUGGGGUCAGACCUCUGGCUUGAGAAGACCGGAGCAACGGCUCCUAGCGCUCAAAUUAACCAGGACAUUUCUUCUGACUUAAUGGGAGACCUCCUUGGCAGUGCCCCCUCCCUGGCAGAGAGUGUUGGCAGCUCUGACAACGAGACUUUGGCCGCGCCCAAGGAAGAUGAUGCUGGUGACAGUGAGCAAGCUGCAACUACUGAGUCUGGAGUCGGGUCUCUGAUAGACUUCUAGUAGCAAAGUUUUACCGAUCAAUGGUGCUGCUGAUGUUCGAUAGCCAAGUUUGUUUUGUACUUAACAUAUCACUUAGUACUUCAUAUAUUUAUAUAAGUAUAUCUAUUAUGUAUAGUUUAAGAGGUGUGACUUUAGUGUACCCAUGACACAUGUUGGUGCAUGAGUUUAUAGAGUUGUGUUAUUAUAUUAAUAGAGGUGCUUUGGGUUGUGUUUGUUGUUUAGAUUUAUCAGUUUGUUGGUUUGUUUUGUUUUUUGGGGGGUGGGGAGGGGGGGGGGGUAUUUCAAGCAAAGCAAAGUUAAGUGAGUAAUGAAUUGAAUAAGCAAGCAUUACUUUGGUGUCAUUUCAGUACCGUAAUGGGUUGUUGAUUAUGCAUUUUGUUUAGCAUCCAUGGGCAUUUUUGCAAAGAGAUGUUUAACGUUUACCUUGUGGACAUGAGCCCAAUAUGCUGAUUUGAGCAUAAUAAUUUUGUAAUCUAAUGUUAACUUCUUGGGCAUUAACUUCAGCACUGUAUUGGGAAAGUAGAGAUUUUAGUUAUAUUGACAAACAGCUUUUCUCACAGCUGUAUGAAAACUUGCUGUUCUAAUUUUGUGUUAGGGGUAGCGUUCACAAAUUCUUUAAGAUUGUGAUGGUAAUGUAUUUUUACGCAAAUUUCCGGCCUAUAAGGCGCAAUGUUUUCUGAGCAAACUGGUCACUGUGCCUUAAUAGUUGAGAUUCUUUUAUGAGCAGAUACAAAAAGUAAAUAAACAUGUAUUGGAAUAAGUCAUUUGCUUUGGGAUUUGCAAAACUCGCAUAAUAGACAACACUCUCACAUCAUCUUUGUUAUAAAAUUUCAUUCUACUGCUUCAGAAAGUUGAGGUGUGUGAUUUUUAUUGUUUAUAUUAUAAUGAUCCCAAAGUUGUUCUCUGCGUCUUUAUACAUGUGUCCUAUCAGAUGUAAGCGCCUUACUUACUUGUGGCCAAGUUACAAAACUCUUGGAAAAACAUCAGAGCACUACUCAUGCUGUAUGCCACCUUAUAAGCCAGAAAUUACAGUAGCCAACUGAGUGCUCUGUGUGCCUGAUUGUUCCUAAUGCUACAAAUUCUAAUGUAAACAUAAAAGUUGUAAAAAUAUGUUUUGUGCUAAUUUGCUCCAUGCAUUAAAUUGAAUUGCUGUGUAGUUUUGAAAAAAAAAUUUGGAGCAUCUUCAUGAUGGUCAUUUUGUGCACUGAGCAUGGCAGCAUUACACUUUGUCCCCUGUCUUUCAAAAUAUUGUGUAUACCUUUGUACCGGUACCAUAUGUUCUGGGUAUGUUUACCUGCAGAUGUCAUUAUGGAUGAAAAGCUGUGAAUAUUAAAUUCACAAACGUCCUAUCGUUGUGUGUAAGUGCAAGUCUUGUGAGUGCCUGUGUAAAAAGAUUGUGAAAGCGUGGUUUUGCCUAAUCAAUCAGCUUGCUUUGCACUUCCCUUUUUGUCAUUGUGAUUUUUCUAGAAAUUUUUUCCUUUGUGAUGCAUCUGAUCUCUAAACUAAACAACACCAAGGGAGAAAAUGUUUUGCUGUCAGAUGUGCAGUAAGUCCAGAUAACAUAAAGGUCUGUAAAGAAAAA